AUGGAAUCCUACGAAAGUGUUAGAAAUCGUUCCAAAGAAUGGAACGAAAAAAUUGCAGGCAAAAUCCUUGUUUCUCAAGAAAUUGUAGAAGCAAAAUCAUUUCCUGGUUUGGCGGAAAAUGAAAUUUCUGAGCUGGAUUUACCAAAGCCAAAACGCAUUAUAUUCCCAGGAUGUAUGGUAACUUGUGACUUUCGUCCUGAACGACUGAAUGUGACUUGCGAAGAGCAACAAACUGGUAAGGCGAUCAUCAAAUCAGCUCAUUUUGGUUAA